AACUCUUUCAAGUUUUUGCACAGGUUAACUGAAACUAAAACCAAAACCUAAUAUUUGGUUUCACCUCUGGCGGUUCCCUCUCCAGUGAAGCAGCCGGCCGUUUCGACCAUCGGAAGAAACUAAAGCACCUGCCCUCAAUUCGUAGAAGAAGAAGAGGAGCUAACAGAGGGGUGGUAGUGUUUCGCUUCUUCCAACUGUGCGAGUCUCACCUUAACAGAGAAGCAGCAAAAGCGAAGAGGAGUGCUUGAGCUUCAUCUCCAGUGGCUCAAGGACUCGCUCUGUGUUUCUUCUUCUAUGCUCACUACCAAUCAAGAAAUAAGGUGAAAUUAAGCGUAUUUUUUCACUUAAUCAAUCCAUAAGAAGAAGUAAGAGUUUCAAUCAUAGUCUAAUUAAAGGAUGCAGCACGAUGAGGUCAUAUGGCAGGUUAUCAGGCACAAUCACUGCAGUUUCAUGGCCAAAAUUACAACUGGUAAUUUCUGUAGAAACCCCUACAAUGUGACUGGUGUUUGUAAUCGAAGCUCUUGCCCUCUAGCUAAUAGCCGAUAUGCCACUAUUCGUGAUCAUGAUGGAGUUUUCUAUCUCUAUAUGAAGACUAUAGAAAGGGCUCACAAGCCAAAUGCAUUGUGGGAAAGAGUUAAGCUGCCUAGAAAUUAUGAAAAGGCGCUUGAGAUUAUUGACAAACAUCUGAUGUAUUGGCCUAAGCUCCUAGUCCACAAAGUAAAGCAACGAUUGACCAAAAUGACUCAGAUGCGCAUUCGGAUGAGAAAGCUUGCUUUGAAGACAAGGGAAAAAAUAGUUACAGCUCCAAGGAUGGUGGGAAAAAGAGAGGCUAGAAGAGAGGAGAAGGCUGAAAAGGCAGCCGUGUUGGAGAAGAGUAUCGAAAAAGAAUUGCUGGAACGCCUUAACAAAGGAGUUUAUGGUGACAUAUACAAUUAUCCUGCUGAUAAAUUCAAUAAACUACUUGAUCUGGAUAAUCUGCAAGUUGCUGAUGAAGAAGAAGAAGAAGAGGAGGAGGAACCUGUAGUGGAAUACGUUGAGGGUUAUGAUGACCUUGAAGAGGAAGAUAUUGAAGAUUUUGGUGGCUUUGGAAUCAGUGAUGCGGAUGCAUUUGAUGCUGAUGAUGCUGGAGAGGAUGGUGAUGAUGCUGAAACAAAUGGAAAAGUUGGUCACAUUAGAGUUAGAAGUGAAUUUGAUUUGGCUUCAAGAAAGCAUGGUAAAGAUGAACCUGGUGCUAAAUUGAAGAAGAAAGCAAGAGUAAUUGUUGAGGUUGAGCAUGAAGAUGCUUCUGAAAGGCAAAAGGCAGUUCAUUGAGUGCUAAAAUUCUGGUUCAUCUUGUGAGACGACCCUUUUUACUGUAGAUUAUGGUGAAAAGUGUACUUGGCAAAAAGAAGCUCCUCAACGCCAUGCAAAAUUUUGAAUGCUAAUUGACAUGCUUAACCUUCUGCCCCCCUCACUUUGUUCUGCUUUCACAGCUGUCCCCUGGAAGACAUGAUCCAGAAUUUGGUUUCUGGAGCUUCACUUCUAUUUUUCUUCAAUGACAGAGAUUUACCAGUACAGAAACCGCCCGUGUAAGGGCUUCAACAUUUAAUUGAUUCCCAAUAGAAUUUUGAACUACAUUUACUAGAGUUUUAUUUGUCCUGAGACAUGGCUAGAUCUUGAUGAACAUGUUCAGAGUAAUAUAGUCUUUUAUAGUGGCUUUAUUUAUUUACUAAAAGAGUCACAGUGACCAUAACAAUUCUUCAUAGUUCUGUGUUCUUUUUUUGCCCUUGUAUUCCUAGGGAGUAUUACAAUUAUGCAAUGAGAGGAACAAAAUGGUGUUGGUGCUGACAUUAUUUAUGCUGGUUAUGUAUUCCGGACUUGGUUUGGCUUGUGUCAGGAAUGCAGAGAUAAUAGUCAUGUGUAGCCUUCGUUUAGUA